AUGUCGCUGAACAGGUGGCUUCUUUUGGCUGGGCUGGUCCUUUUGGCCACGUUUGGAUUGAGUCACGCCGAACGCAUUCGCUACGACAAUUAUCGUCUGUACAAGGCCACUCCAGAGAAUGAAGACCAACUGGCGAUGCUAAGAGAUCUGAAGGUAUCUUCGGACUCCAUCAUAUUUCUGAACAGUGCUCAUGUCGUCGGAGCUGAUGUCCAUAUGGUUGUUGCCCCACACAAAAUUCCUGAUUUACUGGAGAUACUGGGUAAAGCUAAGAUUAAAUAUGAACUGCAGUCCAAGGACUUCCAAAAGUCAAUGGAUGAUAUUGAAGGAGAGGUCAGACCUAGGAGUAAUGCCAGCUCUGAAUACAACUGGUUUGACUACAACGACUUGGAGGACACCUAUGCCUGGAUGCGAUCAUUGGCCAAGCAAAACCCAAACAUUGUUACACUGAUUGAGGCUGGUAAAACAUAUGAGGGACGCUCUAUGUUGGGCUUGAAGAUUUUCAAGAGUGGCCGCGAGAAACCUGGAAUCUUCAUCGAGGCUGGUAUUCAUGCUCGAGAGUGGAUCGCUCCAGCGGCAGCUACCUACAUCAUUAAUCAGCUACUCACGUCAAAUGUGCCUUCUAUUAAGCAGCUUGGCGACAACUACAACUGGUACAUCGUCCCACAUGUCAAUGCCGACGGCUAUGUCUACAGUCGGAAAUCGGAUCGCAUUUGGCGCAAGACCCGCAAACCCUAUGGCGUUUGCUUUGGAGCCGAUCCCAACCGCAACUGGGACUUCUACUGGAAUAAAUGGGAUUUAAACAACCAACCCUGUAAUGACGAAUACGCUGGACCCAACGCAUUCUCUGAAAUUGAGACUUUAUCACUGUCGAACUACAUUGCUUCGAUAAAGGACAAGAUUCAGCUUUACCUUUCGUUUCAUUCCUUUUCCCAGGUUCUCAUAUAUCCUAAUGGUUACACCGCAUCGCCACCUGACAAUAUUAAGGACUACCAACAAGUGGCCAAAGCAGCUCUCUCUGCCAUUUCAAAGCGCUAUAAUACGAAGUAUGAAGCUAAGAGCAUCUAUAAUUUUGCCAGUCUUGUAUCUGGAUCCACUCUUGAUUGGGUAUAUGGCACCCAGGGUGUGCGAAUGACUUUCUGCUAUGAGCUGCGUCCUGCAGCCGCACAUGAUUCAAGUGGUUUCUUGUUGCCCCCAUCCCAAAUUCUUCCUACCAGCGAGGAGCUCUUGGACUCGAUUACUGCCAUGGUUGAUCAGGUCCAGAAAUUGGGUUAUUUUAAUUGAAUACUUUUAUAAUAAUUGAAAUACAUUUGAAAAGCACA